CGCUGCCUGGGGUCGCCCGUGGGAGGGAGGGUGUGAGCGAGCGGUGCGUGCCGUAGGGUCACGUGGUGUGUGUGAACGUGGGAGGAGGGGUGGCUCCGCGGCACGAAGCCGGGGCCGGCGCGGUGGGAAGCGGCAGCAGCAUGGCGGCGUCUCUGGGCGGGCUGGGCCUCCUGCAGGGCACAGUCAGGUUGGCUGCGGCAGCUGCUGCUUCCUCGCCUCUCAGCCGGCCGGGCGCGCGGGGGCUGGUGCGGGGAGGGGCCGCUUGUUCUCCGACGGGGAGGGGCUACAGCUCGGAGGCGAAGGGGGAGGAGGAGUUGCGGGUCCGAUACCUGGACGAGGAGAACCAAGGAAUUGUGGUACUUGGAUUAAACAGAUCUCGUGCCAAAAAUGCACUUAAUAAAAAUCUUAUAAAAAUGAUGUCAAAAGCUGUGGAUGCUCUGAAAUCUGAUAAGAAAGUACGAACUGUUAUAUUCCGAAGUGAAGUCCCUGGGAUAUUCUGUGCUGGUGCUGACCUUCAGGAAAGAGCCAAAAUGCACUCCAGUGAAGUUAGUUCUUUUGUCUCAAAAGCAAGAGCAACUAUUAAUGAAAUGGCUAAUCUUCCAGUACCAACAAUUGCUGCAAUAGAUGGGACUGCAUUAGGUGGUGGCCUAGAACUGGCGUUAGCUUGUGACAUAAGAGUGGCAGCCUCUUCUGCUAAAAUGGGUCUAGUUGAAACAAAGCUGGCAAUCAUUCCGGGUGCAGGCGGGACACAGAGAUUACCUCGUACGAUUGGUGUAUCUCUAGCAAAAGAACUCAUCUUCUCUGCACGUAUUGUAGAUGGUGAAGAAGCAAAAUCAAUAGGAUUGAUCAGUCAUGUAGUGGAACAGAAUGAAUCAGGGGAUGCUGCCUACAGAAGAGCUUUAGCCCUAGCACAAGAAUUUUUACCUCAGGGACCUCUAGCAAUAAGAGUUGCAAAAUUGGCCAUCAAUCAAGGGAUGGAGGUGGAUUUAGUAACAGGCUUAGCAAUUGAAGAAGCCUGUUAUGCUCAGACUAUUCCAACAAAAGACAGAAUUGAAGGUCUUCUUGCUUUUAAAGAAAAGAGGCCCCCUCACUACAAGGGAGAAUAGGAGAAACUGAUACCUUGAAAAUACAAAUGAGAUAAACAUGGCUGGAAGGACCUUUUGGCUGCACUUUGCCUCAGCGCAUGGCAUAUCACAACCACCAAAGUAAAAGCAAACCCUACCUACAUUACAACAUCUGGAAUGUGUCCAGACAUGUGCCUGGCUCAAGAAUAUGUAUCAAGUCAUACUCAGCCUGGUUUAUGAAGGUUGCUCUGUAUAUUUGCAAGGUCACAGGUUCAUAAGCAUUUCUUUUAUUUCAUAUGUAUGAAACUAACCAUUCCACAAUUUAAAAAAAAAAAAAGUAAAUUCUUUUAAUAGACAAAGUCUAUAAAGUAAUAUGGAAUGUUUGUCUGUUGUUCCAUUUUAUCAAAAUAAGUGAUUUCUACACACCAAAAAUGUGAAAUUAUACCAAAUAAGAUUUCUAAAUGAUUCACUAUCUAUUCUAGCUGAAUAUGUAAAUUAUUAAUAAAGUUAGUCGAAAUCAGAAGAAUGAUUGGAAGAUUAUAAACUUUAUUUACUUGUCUCAUACUGUAAUAAGUAAGAUAAGCUUCAUUUUGAGGCUACUAUACAGUGGUGUUCUGUGUUACUCUAUCUUCAUGUUCAGUCACACAAGGCUAUAUGGUAAACCUUGCCUCUCAUCCCAGAUACCUCCGAAACAUCAUCUCACUAAUACUAUCUGCUAAGGAGUAACUUUUAAUUCACUUGCCCCAUUUCUUUUUGUUUUUUAUUUCCAGGUGGUAUUAAACUUUUUAUUGCGGAGCUAUAGUUACACAUUUUAAAAGCUCCCAAAAUGCUGGAUCUUGUGUGACCAUUUUUUCAGGUUCUAAUAAUACUGUACUUAUAUACAGCUGCUCUGAAUUGAAAUGCUCUUUUCCUUUGUUGAAACAUAAACCUCUGGGCUUUGAAGUGAAGAAACUACUGUACUGUGUGUGUGGAGGUGCCAUGGAAAAUGGUCUCUUUAAAAUAUUCUGUCAACUUACUGGUAAGUAAAUGUGGCUGAGCAAUCAGAUAUUAACUUAUUUAUAUGGAAACAACCUCCUUCAUGUUUGAUUUGCAUUGUCUUUGUGAAACUUCUGCAUGCACUGCUGUUUCUGCAACAUUAGCUAUGGUCACUCUCCAGAACUAUGGAGAUAUAGCCGCUGAUCAACAUGAAAUGACAAGAACUCAUUAAAAUUCAUAUUUAGCCAUAUCUUUACAUGUAAAUUGAUUAUAUCUGGUGGACUGCACUUUGCUGAGUGAUAAACUUGCUGAGUUGAUCAUUUCAUGCAUGAUAAUUUGCAAAUAAAGCACUGGUGCUUGUUUUUAUAGUCAUGUAAAGCCUGUAAGGUCAUUUUCUCCUAUUUUCAAAAUGCUAAAAUAUCAUUUUCAUUUUUACUGAGUAGGAAAUAAUUAUGUUAAUAGGAGAAAAAAUAUUACAUCUAUGCAGGAUGGUUUGUGUCUCAUAACUAUGAUACACAGUCUGGUUAUUGAGCUUCCUUUAGUUUUCUAACAAGCACUGAUUAAAUAACUUCAGUACAUGUAUAUGAAAACAUUUUAUUGACUUGAAAUACUAUGGCAGAAAAAAUAGUCUGCUCAACCCACUAUGUACAUUCUUGAUUUAGGCUAGGAGUUUUGAUUUAAGUAAAAUAUUUUGCUGUCACAAUAGUUACAACAUUCGUUUUUCUCAGGGAAAGAUGUGGCCAUGCUGUGGCAUUUUGAGGUCCUUCUCUUGAAGUCAGCAGUUUGAAUAAUAUUGCAAAGGGAGUAUAAGAUGGAGACUUUUUUCUAAAGUACUUGUAGGUCAUGAUACUUGAAUAGUUUUGAGGGAAAAUUGUUCAGCAAAAGAUAUGCAAGAGACCUCUGUGUAUGUAUAAAUUAAAAGUGAAAUAAUAUCAUAAUGACUUCAUCUUGAUUAAUUAAUGUCAAAAUUAGAAUUCUGCUUCCUGAAUUGGGGUACUGGGGCAAAAAAUUCUCUCACUAGUCUGACCUCUGCUCAUUAGUCUGAACUCUGCUCAUUAUACCUGCUAUCUGUCACUCCUUCAAAUACUGGGUCUCAGCCCUGUCAGUUUCUGGCAGAAUUCUGUCUUCCUGUACAUACACUGUCUCUCCUUUUUUAGCUGCAGUAUAAGUGUCUUAUAUGCACUCUUUAGCUUUCCUGAAAGAUUGUUCCAUGAGUCGGGGGUGGGAGGGACACAGGGGCAUAAGCAGCUUUCAUCCACUCUCUCUCACCAAACUCAUAUUUAUAAUAUUUCAGAAGCAGGCUUGAGCUUGGGUGGCUAGCUUGAGUCUCUGCCAGAGCUGCAAUGUCCACACUAUUUUUAGCAUGUUAGCUUCAGUACUGCUAGCAUGAGUCUGUCUGCCUGGGCUGGGAGGCCUCUUUUGCUGCUGGUCUUACUAGAUAAUCAUAAUGGUCCAAUCUAGCCUUAAAAUCCAUGAAUGAAUUAAUCUUAAAGCACUGACUUUUCUCAAUUACUGUUAUACUAACAUCUUUUCCAAAUAACCUUUAUUGACUCGCUGGGGAAAAGUUUCAAAAGUGUCUAAGGGUAUGUUUAUACUACCCGCUGGAUUGGCAGGUAGUGUUCGAUAUAUUGGAGAUCGAUUUAUCGCAUCUCGUCUGGAUGUGAUAAAUCGAUCCGCUAAUAGACGCCCAUACUCCAUCUUGGGAGGAGAGUAAAUGAAAUCGACGGGGGCACCGCGGCAGUCGACUUGCUGCCGCGAGGAUGGCCAGGUAAGUCGAACUAAGAUACUUCGACUUCAGCUACGCAAAUAGCGUAGCUGAAGUUGUGUAUCUUAAUUCGAAACCCUCCCCGCCUCCCAGUGUAGACCAGCCCUUAAUGACUUAAGUCGCUCUGUCACUUUACAAUUUUUUCCCAACAAUUUUCAAAAUGUUUCAGAGUCUGUUGAGAUUAAUAAGCUAGUUAAUGGGAGGAGGAAUAGCUCAGUGGUUUGAGCAUUGGCCUGCUAAACCGAGGGUUGUGAGUUCAGUCCUUGAGGGGGCCAUUUAGGAAUCUGGGGCUAAAUAAAUAAUUGGGGAUUGGUCCUGCCUUGAGCAGGGGAUUGGACUAGAUGACCUCCUGAGGUCCUUUCCAACCCUGAUAUUCUAUGAUUCUAUGAUCACUUUGAAUGUGUUGGUUUAUGGAGCAUUUCUAUGUGGUCUGUGUUUCUGUAAAAUGUCAGUCAGUCUUCAAGCAAUGAUACUUGUUCAUAGUAUUUCUUCAGGGUUCUUACUGUAGCCUGUCUAGAGGUGCUCUUAACCAACUGCACUCAAAAUACUAAGCACUACUAUACAUCAUGCACAGCCACUUCUUAUUUUUGUUUGUAAGAUGUUUCUUUGUUGUACAUUCACCCAUGAUCAAAUCUGUUGUUCUUUCAUUUCUUUCUUUUGGGCCGUAAGCUUGAAUCUCUCAAACAUUACAUCUAAUAACACCGUCAACAAUGGGAAUGAUGAAGUUACUAUAUGGGGGAGGGGGAGUGAUAUGUUUGUCCCAAGGUGUGCUUGUCAUACAUACUUUUACCAAUAAUUUUAAAAAGAGACAGCUAUCCUUAAACAAUCAGAAGAGAUAGAAUAAUAAGCAGAUAAACCAAAUGAGAGGUAUGUUUAGCUAAACAGUAACAAAAAGUAAGAAGUCAUGAGUCUCCUCCAUACAUGAUUCUCUUAAAGGACUCCUUUUUCAUCCUGUACAUUUUACUGUUUUUUGGUAUUGUUUCUUUGGACAUGUAUUAUUUUCUAGCUGCACAGGUACUAUGGGGAGGGUGUGAUAUGAGAACCUGAAUAGAUUUGUUUAAUCACCGUUAACACAAAACUUUAAAAAAGCAUUAAUAGGAUAGUUUUAACAAAUUCACAAAAAUGGUUUGUUUAUUUUCUACAGAAAGACUGAAUCUGAAACCAUCAGUUUAUUAAAAAUAUA